ACUGGCCUCAUUCACUCCGCACAGGUCUUGGUGAAUAUUUCCAUCGGAGACACGAUCGUCUGGUCUUCCAUCUCUUGCUUUGAAAUUGAGGCGAUAUGGCCACUGCACAAACUCUCACUCCACUUCCCGUGCCCACUGGGCCAGCGCGUCUUCCUGUGGCCAAGCGCAAGACGGCCUCUGGCAGCAAGCCUCUAAUCCAGAUCAAGGAGGAGCUUCCUCCAUCUGAACGUGUCUCGUUCGAUGCCUCAAAGCACAUCAAGUUCACCCCGCCGUCGAAGGUCUACACCAUGGCAGAACUCGGCUACUCCGACAGGCACGGUGUUUCCCCGAUCGGUGUCUCCGAGCCCUUCCCGCUAUUCUCUGAUGAGGCGAUCCGUCAGAUGCGGGCUGAAGUCCUGAGCGACGAGGUCUGGGAGAACUGUCAGUACUCUAGCGAUCUGGCACAGUGUCAGCUGCGUGGUUUCGCGCCAGAAUACGCUCCCUUCGUAUACGACGCCUGGAAGAGCCCUGAGACUCUCGCUAUCAUCUCCAAGAUAGCUGGUGUGGACCUUGUCACUGCAAUGGACUUUGAGAUUGGACACAUAAACAUCUCUGUACAGAGCGAAGAACAAAAGAAUAAGGCGUUAGCCGCAGUCGCUGAAAAGAAGAGGCGUGAUGCCGACGAGGGGGUUGCAGGAUGCCCAUGGGAGGAUGAGCAACCAAUUGUGGACUGGCACACGGACAGUUACCCCUUCGUGUGCGUCACCAUGCUCUCUGACUGUACGGAAAUGAUUGGAGGCGAGACCGCUCUUAGAAAGGGCAACGGAGAAGUGGUGAAGGUCCGAGGACCGCAAAUGGGUUCCGCAGUCAUCCUGCAAGGCCGCUAUAUCGAGCACCAAGCUCUUCGUGCUCUGGGCACAACCGAGCGUAUCACUAUGGUCACGUCUUUCCGUCCCCGUUCGUCCGCAAUUAAGGAUGACACUGUUCUCACGACGGUCCGUCCUAUUUCUGAUCUGGGCGAAUUGUAUCGUCAGUUCACGGAGUACCGGUUUGAGAUGCUCCAGGACCGGCUCCGUGACAUAAAUCGGUUGGCCCGAGACCGUCACCGUGCACGUCGCCCUUUCGACACUCGUGGCGUCAAACGAUUCAUUCGCGAGCAGAUCGAAUUCCUGCAGCACAUGGAGAAGGAAAUCGUCGAUGAAGAUAAAGUCCAGAAAGGCGUUGUUGACGACAGUCAUCUGAUCUCCGAGGAUCUUAAGCAACGCUCGCGGAAACGUGCCUUUGCUGCCUUGGAGUAGAUCGUGGACAGUGCAUAUGGGUUCCUGGUCUUAGAUUUGCUUUGUCCUCCUUUUUCUUUCAUACAUUUCUUGGUGCUCUGAUCCUUGCCUUCUUUUUCAAUUGGCGAAUAGCGGGUUAGCAUGUUCACGAGAUCAUGCUUAAUAUUUUGUUCUUGACUUUAGCAAGAAGGUUUCAAUACAGAUACAGGUUGUCGCUCGGGUAGUCGCUAGUGCCGAUUUAGAUGUUCACCCACCGUAAAGGUAGCUGAAUCAAGGUAAUCAGUGAUGUCAAGGCUUAACUAUCCGUAGAAGUGUCUGUGACCGGGAAACACCGUCGACGGGAGAGCAGUGGCGCAAGGAAUGUCGCAAGGGUCAACUUGAGUAAUCGAGGGUCGCACAGGGCCAUCAGAUCGAUUGCAGUCGAGAUGGCAAGAUGAUUUUGCAGUCCAAAAAAAUACAAUCGCACA